AUGGCUGCAGCAGAUGCCAUGGAUGUCGAACUCCCCAAACUUCCCGCGCCUCACGCCGACUUCAUCAAAUACCUCAAUGCCAACCCAAAUGAGUCCGUCCUCGACUUGGUCAAGCCAUACAACCAGUACGAUGCAGAGAUGCGAAAGAUUUUCGCCCAGAAGCCAGGCCAUCCUGCGGUUGCGGAGUCAAAUGUCGUACCGGUGUUCCAAGGACAUGAGACGGACGUCCGUAUCCAGGCUCGCAAUCUGAACGCAGAAUCCUCCAAGGACAAGGAGGCAUUCAUCAUGCCACUCAAGGAUGUCGAUCGCAGGGCCAAUGGCUCCCCAGCUGUCGUCCAAUCUCUGAAGGACUUCCGCACGAACUUCAACGUCUUCUCUGAAUCUGCUCUUGUCGAUCUCGAUUGGUCGAAUGUCGUGGCCGCGGGCUCCUCGGUCGUCACAUCUUUACUUGCUGUGCCAACAAAGCAUGGUGGCUCAAAGCGUGCUCUUCGAUCAUACUAUCAUGAACAGCUUGCGCCGGCCUCUGAUGUUGAUUUGUUCAUCUAUGGGUUGACCGAAGAAGCAGCCAAGGAGAAGAUCAAACAGAUCGAGCAGAACAUUCGCGAUGCUAUACUUGUUGAGACUACGACAGUGCGCACCAAGAACGCCAUCACUAUCGCAAGCCAGUAUCCUACCCGCCACAUACAAGUCGUCCUCCGCAUCUACAAGUCCAUUUCGGAGAUUCUGACUGGCUUCGACGUCGACUGUGCGUGCGCAGCAUACGACGGCAAGCAAGUCUACGCUAGUCCCCGGGCUUUGACUGCCUACAUGACGCAGAUCAACACCAUUGAUCUUACUCGACGCUCACCGUCUUACGAGAGUCGGCUCUCCAAGUAUGCUCGCAGAGGAUUUGAAGUGUACUGGCCAACGCUGGAUCGCAGCCGGGUUGAUCCUACCAUCUUCGAAAGGUCCUUUGGCCGAACCGAGGGCCUGGCCCGCCUUCUCAUCCUGGAGAAGCUUCCCAAAUCAACAGAUCGUGAAGCUUACCUUGACCAACGACGAGCUGAACGAGGUCGGCCAGCCGUCAAUCGCUGGCGUAUGCGCGCACGCAUGAUCCGUGGCAACAUCAAGAACGACUACGAAGACGAAGUCGCCGAGUGGGUUGAUGAAGAGGAAGUCUCGGAUUACCACACUUUCACAAUACCAUAUGGCCCAAAGUUCCAUGCAAGGAAGAUUGAGAAGCUCCUCUAUACCAAGGAUCUCCUUUUGAACGCCGAGUGGAACAAGCCAAAGGACCGCGAGGUGAAUCUUCAUCGGCAUCCAGCUUUCUUCGGUCGCACAGACGACGUUUUCCACGAUUGCUGUGGUUACUGCCCUACUCCAGCAACAGUUGAGGAAGAAGAGGUCUUCGAGCAGGAGAGCAAGAUCUACGUCUCUGGCGAGAUUUCUUUCAUCAAGGACGACCCGGGCCGGCAAACUAUUGGCUCAUUCAACCCUCUGUCCGCGGACGACUGGACUGAGAUGGCGUAUGUCGGCAAUACCGAGCUAUUGUGCAAAGCAAUCGUCGAUGGCGACAUUGACUACGUGCAGAGCUGGCUAGAGCAAGAGGGCAACGAUCCCAACACCAGAGACUAUACUGGCCGCACUCCGCUCCACCUGGCAGUUAUAAGCUCUACACUUGAGAUCGUUCAGACCUUGAUUGACCAUGGAGCACGUCUUGUCGCCCGCCUUGUCGAUGGCAAGACUGCCCUUCAUUUGGCUGCCAUGCGCGGAAAUGUAGAGAUGGUGUCGGCACUUCUGCGAAAGAGCGAAGCAAAUGAAGAAGAGGAAGAACAAAAGGCCGAUGCUCGGAGAGCCGCACGCCAAGCUGAGAAAGAAGGCAAGCCAUUGGAUGCUGCGCUGAAGAGUGUAAACAUCUCACAACAGAAAGACGACGAUUCUGACAUUGAAAUGCUGAGCAAUCCCGAUGACGACGAUGAUAUCGAUGCAACAACGGAGAAUUCAAUGGUCAACAUCAAAACCCCCGUGCAGGCGGCAGACGGCAAGGCCCUCGAAAGCAACGACGACGACGAGCCCGACGUGUACGAUGUCAAUGUUCUCGCUUGGGACGUUGCUGUGUCCCCACUCCAUCUAGCCAUUGUUCACGGCCACGUGCAAGUGGUCAAGACAUUGGUUCAAGAUUUUGGCGCCGAUGUGCUGUUGCCAGUAAAACUGGUCAAUGACCAUGACAACUCUGCAAGAGGCGCCAUCCUGACGCUAGUGCUGGCGCUGUCGCUCCCACUUGAGCAGGCAAAGGAGAUGACGAAGAUACUGAUUGAAUUGGGCGCUUCAAGUGCCCAGGCUGACAUGAAUCAGCACACCGCUCUUCAUUUCAGUGUCGCUGAGCGUCCAGACAUUCUUCCUACCCUCAUCGAGGCAGACGAGACUGGAGUCAAGCGGGCCAUCAACCAUCUCUCGGUGUCUAAUUCGUGGUAUCGCCCGAACACGAGUUCGCCGCUGGUCGCUGCCAUCAAAGCCAAAGACGCCACCACCGCGCUUCGAUGCCUUCUUGUCGGUUCCAAACCCAGCAUCGAUUUUGUUGCCUACGCAAAAGCCUCUGAGGGCCGACAGAACAGGUUCAAUGACUCGAAACAGAGCAAGCAAGAUUUCGAGAAGAAUGUCGAGCAACCUGUGGUCACAGCAGUCCAGUGUGAGUUGCCCGAAGUCGCAUUAGCGCUUAUUGAGGAACACGGAGUCGAUGCGAACACCUUGACGACUGCUGGAUACUCUGCCGUUCACAAUCACUAUGCACGAGGCUACACUCAAGGCAGAAGUCUGCUCGAUGAGGUACAAGAGCACAUCAAGGAAUUGGAGAAAUGGAAGCCGGAAGAACAGAAGCCUGAGCCACCACUUCCGCUUGACGAUGAUAGUCCUUAUCUAUCCGGCCUGCAAGAGGGCACCUACGCAUUCUGGUCGGCACAAAAGCAACUCGAUGCCGCGAAAGCUCAGUACAAACAGAGCCUCAAACAGUAUCGCAACAACUUGAAGCAUGCGGACGACCAGACGGGCGCGGCAGAGAAGCAAGCCGCAAUUACCGAUCUGCUGGAGCGAUAUCAGCGACUUGAGGCGAAGAUGAUUGAACGUGGUGCGAAGACGUUCGAGGUACUUCAUCCAGACAUCGAGAAACCGGACGGAAACUAUCGUCACACGUACCCUAACUGGAAGCCACCCAAGCCGGAGCCUUUCAAGAUCGACUUUAGGAUCCUCCGAUUCUCAGCUCUGUCGGACGAAGCACAUGAGAGGUACAUGAAACUUUUCGAAGCGACUUGGAGAGGCGAUUUGCAAACGGUGAAACAGCUUACGCUGCUGUCAUGGAAGGACUCAGAUGGUGAUGAUAAGCCUCCGUUGGCGAUUGCCAUUCAAGAUCAACACAACUUGUCGCCUUUUGCGAUCGCAGUCCUUCAUGGCCAGUUCGAGCUGGCUAGCGCUAUCAUGGAGAUCGCCAAAGCGCAGUAUGUGGAACCAGACGAGCCUCAAAAACGACACUAUAGGCUGGCCGGUGGAAAAGAUGACGACGACGAAAGCGGCGAAGAGGAGGAGAACGACGGAGCUGACGGGGAGCAACGCGUCAACAUCCACUCCGAGAUUGUGGACGAACAGUUCACCCUUGAGAACAUCGGAGAAGUCUCCACUCAGGUGAAGAGCCGUACGACUGCACUCACGAUGCUGAACUGGCGAUGUCCGGCUGCCGACUUCAUGGGCGGGCCUCUGCGUUCAUCGCCGCAGAUUGCACCGGCAAACACCUUCUCAAGCGAGAAGAAGGAGCACAUUGGCCCACCCUUGACACUUAUACAAUUCGCUCUACACAACAAUGACUUGGACCUGCUGAUUUUUCUGCUUGACCUUGGCCGAGAUCACACCAGAGCUGAUGUCAAGCCAGAUGAUGAAGACGCCAUUCGCUACUUUCGGGUCAAUCAGGAGGAUUACCUGGAGGCAAUCAAACUUGAUCGUCCACACCUACUGGCUGAGAUCAUCAAGAGAGCUGGUGCUGGAAUUCCGCUCAACCGCCUGGUCAAGAAAUCGGGAGUCGAGGUCAAGCAGAAGCCCAAGUACUAUCAAGGUCUGUCGGUAUACGGCAAGAAGCGAAAAGACUGGGCGGAAGCUGGUCGCAACGAGAUGAAUUACCAGGCAAUGGAGAAUCAUCGUCCUGGACUUCUGGAGGCUGCUCAUUACCAGUCACUGGAGACAGUCGAGUGGUUCCUUGGGGAAGGGCCGAUGAGAUGCUACCUCGAGUUCGCAGAUGCGAACAAAAAGGACAAGAGAGUUAGACUGUUGUCAGAGACGAAGCUGGGCUUUGAUGGUUCAGUCACGCGAUUCCUGAAUGCUCGCUCGAAGACAGCGAUUCAUUGCUCCCUGCUGGGGAAGCCGGUCCCAGAGUCGAUCAAGAUGUUGCGUUUCCUCGUCUCGAAUAUGCAAAAUGCUAUCGAUGCGAAGUCCGCAGAAGGGCUGACGCCUUUGCACAUUGCAUUCAGGUUGCACCGCGAGGAAGCUGCAAAGGCUCUGAUCGAAGCUGGCGCUCUGCAGACUUGUCGAGACAAUGAGGGCAACAACAUCCUGCAUCAUCUCUUCAGACUGCAUGCUGACACGGAAGCCAAGAUCAAGAAGCUCGGGGCAAUGCUGGACCUGGUUGACAAACGUGUUCUCCCAACACUAUUCCUUGAACGUAGCUCCACACACCCUGGCUCUCAGACACCUUUGGCACAGUGGGUACACCAGGCAUCAAGCAGCGAGUGCCGCGACAAGGCCAUGCACUUGAUCCUCGAUUACAGCCACGGCGCGGAAUUGAGCUCCAUCAACGGCGAAGGCCACACACCACUGCAUAUGGCUGUCCGGCAAAAGGACAUCAUUGUCAUAAAGACCAUCUUGAAGCACGACCCUUCCCUCCUCCUUCGCGAAAACGCCAUUGGCCGCACAUCAUUCGACAUGGCCGAAGACGCCGUCGCCGCUCCCUACGUCAGCGAUGCGCCACCACUGCCAGGUGAUCAUCGAUUCAACGAGAGAAAAGCCCGAAAGUACGGAUUGAGAAACGAUUGGAACAACAACCUGACGUCUCAACACGCAUGGAGAUUCGUCAAGAAGGACGAAGACGAAGAUCGCCGGACUCUCCAUGAAGAGAUCUGGGAUCUGUUCCGCGAAGUCAAAGCCGGUCUGGAGUCGAGAGGAGAGGCGAAGAGGAGACUGGUGACGCUGAAUGAGGCCAACGAGGUUGCGAAGAGACUUGCUGCUAGCAAGACUGGGAUGAUCAACAUGCGUCGCUCUUACAGGAGGCGACGGGAUGAUGGAGAAGACUGGCAAAAUGAGGAGGAAAAGGAUGGGGAGGACGAGAUUGUCGAUGAGGUGCAGCUUUGGUUGCCUCAGGCUGGGGGCUAUGUUAAGUGA